AUGGAGCCCAACCUCACCGCCGGCGGGGCAGGCAACGCGUCCGGCCGGGCGGCGGGCUCGGGCAGCGGCGGCGGCAGCGAGCUGCUCAUCACCUCCGCCUUCGGCACGGUGCUGUCCUGCAUGUGCGUGGCCGGGGUGGCGGGGAACCUGUACACCCUGGCGGUGAUGUGCCAGUCCGCGCGCUGCGCCGCCCCCAUGUACAGCUCCAUCAUCAGCCUGGCGCUGGCCGACCUGCUCUACCUCUCCACCAUCCCCUUCAUCGUCUGCACCUACCUGGCGCAGGACUGGUACUUCGGGGACCUGGGCUGCCGCGUCCUGCUCAGCCUGGACCUGCUCACCAUGCACGCCAGCAUCUUCACCCUCACCCUCAUGUGCGCCGAGCGCUACCUGGCCGUCACCCGGCCCCUGGACAGCCUCAAGCGCUCCCGGGGCUACCGCAAAGCCACGGCCGGGGCCGUGUGGUCCGUCUCCCUGCUGCUCACCCUGCCCAUGAUGCUGAUGGUCACGCUGACCGAGGCGGGCCAGGCCGGGGGCAAGGUGAAGCGGAUGUGCGCCCCGACGUGGAGCGCCGACGCCUACAGGACCUACCUGACUGUGCUGUUCAGCACCAGCAUCAUGGCCCCGGGGGUGAUCAUCGGCUACCUGUACACGCGCCUGGCCAGGACCUACCUGGAGUCCCAGAGGAACCCGCCCCACAAGGAGGGCAAGAGGUCCCCCAGGCAGAAGGUGCUGAUCAUGGUCUUCAGCAUCGUGCUGGUCUUCUGGGCUUGCUUCCUGCCCUUCUGGGUCUGGCAGCUGGUGCGCCUCUACCACAGCUCCCUACAGCUGACUUCGCAGACCCAAAAGUGCAUUAACUACCUGGUGACCUGCCUGACCUACAGCAACAGCUGCAUCAACCCCUUUCUCUACACCCUGCUCACCAAGAACUACCAGGAGUACCUGCACAACAGGCACCGCAGCUUCUACCGCUUCACCUCCUCCUUCCGCAAGCGGAGCUCCAACCUGCAGUGCUCCUGGGGAAAGGCCACGUCCUCCAGCAACCAGUGUGACUACGGCUCGGAGUGCCUGGGCAUGGCAGCGCUGAAGGACAAGUGAGGAGGGAGAGGGGCUCCAGCCAGGUGGGAACCAGAGGAAUGUCUGUCCAAGAAAUACCUGGAAUUCAAAGCUGAACACUGGAUGUGUGUUCUAAGCAGGACUGACAGCCUAGCCCAACAUGGUGGAUGGUUGUUAGCAGAAAGAGAUACCCCUUCAUGCAAAGUCUACAAAAUUGAAGUUCAGCCCUGAGAUUUUUAAACUGGGAACGUCAGAAGAAAUACAGCCCCCUGUCCAGUCCAACUAACUGGCAUGAGUCAAGCCCCAGAUGUUUUUACUUCUUGUUGUGACAUUCCACUGUCAGAAUGAAUCAUAAUGCAACUGGAAAUGUAAGGGCAUUAAGAAAGGGCACCUGCACUGACAGCAUCCUUUGCCCCAUUCAGAAUGCAGCCGAUCAGCAGU